AGUUAACGCUGCGCCGCGAUGCACGCUGGGAAAGUUGUCCUACGCCCAAAAUGGCGGCAGGGUUGAAAAGUUGAUGAUGUUUAAAAUCCAGUUAGUACACCCACUCUUUUUAAAAAAACCCGCGUGUGUGUAUUUAUAUAAAAGUCCUCGCUUACUAAAAGAGAAGGAAGCGCCUCGCAGAAUAGCGGCCGCGAUGUCACCGAGACCUUCGAGACCUCGGCUGCGAAAAUGAUGACGAAGAGGAUCUGCAGAUAGAAAUGGAGGAUGAAGGGAAAAAAGCAAAGAAGCCUGGUAUCGCGUCUCCGUUCAAGCGCGUCUUCCUGAAGGGGGAGAAGGGGAGGGACAAGAAAGCCCAGGAGAAGGCGACGGAGCGCCGGGCCCUGCACACCGUCUCCCUGUCCUUGCCUGAUCACCGUGUGGACCCUGAGGUCCUGCUCAAUGACUACAUUGAGAAGGAAGUGAAGUAUUUAGGGCAGCUAACAUCAGUUCCGGGAUACUUGAAUCCUUCCAGCCGGACUGAAGUCUUACAGUUGAUUGACAAUGCAAGGAAAUCCCAUUUGCUCCCAGGCCAGCUGACAGUGGAGCAGGAUGCACUGGUCAGCCUGUCUGCCUACAACGUCAAGCUAGUGUGGAGAGAUGGGGAGGACAUCAUCCUCCGGGUGCCAAUUCAUGACAUUGCCGCCGUGUCCUACAUCCGCGACGACUCCCUGCAUUUAAUAAUACUCAAGACAGCCCAUGAGCCAGGAGGGUCCCCUUGUCCCAGCAGCUGUGCAGACGUCUCCAAGUCCCAGACUUUGAGUUCGUUGUCGGAGAGCGGUGCCGUGCUGGUGGACCUCUGCAGUCUGCUGGUGCUUGCUGUGGAGAACAAAGCAGCAGCUGAAGAACUCUGUUUACUUCUCAGCCAAGUCUUCCAGAUCGUUUACACAGAGUCAACCAUAGACUUCUUAGACAGGGCAAUAUUCGAUGGAGCCUCCACACCAACCAGGCAUCUCUCCCUCUACAGCGAUGACUCUUCCAGCAAGGUGGAUGUUAAAGAACCGUAUGACACAGAAGAAGGCUCGUUCCCCUUCCAGGGCACCAUGGACACAGGGGGUAGUUCCAAUACCUCGUCCCCCUCCACCCCGGCAUCUCCGCAGACCAAGACAGCCAGCGACAGUGAGCUGAGCACCACCGCUGCUGAGCUACUGCAGGACUACAUGACCACGCUGCGGACCAAGCUGUCUUCGCAGGAGAUCCAGCAGUUUGCCAUGCUGCUCCAUGAGUACAGGAACGGCUCCUCCAUCCACGAGUUCUGCAUCAGCCUGCGGCAGCUGUAUGGGGACAGCCGCAAAUUUCUCCUCCUGGGCCUCAGGCCCUUCAUCCCAGAGAAGGACAGCCAACACUUUGAGAACUUCCUGGAAACCAUUGGGGUGAAGGACGGGCGGGGCAUUAUCACCGACAGCUUUGGGAGGUACCGGCGCACCAUGAGCACCACCUCCAACUCCACCACCAACGGCAAUGGGGCAACUGAGGGCUCCCACGAGCAGCUGCCGCCCGCCGAAGGCGAUGAGUGGGACCGCAUGAUCUCCGACAUCAGCAAUGACAUUGAGGCGCUGGGCUGCAGCAUGGACCAGGAUUCCUCCUGAUGAGAGGGGCCAGUGCAGACAUUCUGAAGACUGGACACCUCUGCAGCAGUAUUGUAGCCAUUGCCCAGUCCUCUCAAUCUGUUGCCUUGUUAUAGCCUGUGAAGCGUGAGGGCUGGUGCCUGAGCACUUCGAGCACACGGGUGUUCCUAUAUCGGCAGUAUCUGCCAGUUCAGUACGGACAUGUCUGAGCCGCCUUACAGAACCUAUCUGGACCUCCAAACUCCAAAGACUUGAAGAAGUGCAGAAGUCUUGCUGUUAUGCGUGCAGUUGUAUUUUU